AUGGUGAUGCUUCUCCUACAAAGACAGGCCAACGUCGAGGCAAGAGACGCAUCGCAACAGACAGCCCUUCAUGUGGCCGCUUCUCGUGGUUUCCCGAACGGUCUCAAGAACGAUGCAUAUAAGCCAGCAAUUCUAGCUGCGAAAAGUGGGAAUCCUGAGAUGGUGACAUUAUUGCUGCGCCAAAAGGCCAAAUUCAAAGGAAAGGACAGUGAUGGCUGGACAGCCUUGCAUUCUGCCGCUCACCACGGCCAAACUCUAGUCAUCGAGCAACUGGCUGACCGGAAAAUGCCAAGCAAGGCAACGACAGCCCAAAAAGAGACGCCACUCCACCUAGCCGUUGCAGCGGGUCACUUUGGAGCAACUGAUUGCCUUCUUCGGUGUAAGCGUGAAUCAUGUGUCACCUCCAAAGACGGUCGUGGCGAAGAGCCGCUUCAUCGGGCUUCUCGUGCUGGAAGUACUGACACAGUCAACCUGUUGUUUUCCCACAAAGCGAAUGUAAACGCUGAGAACGGCUUCGGCUGGAAGCCGCUUCACAUCGCGGUUGAUUAUGGACAUGCAGCAAUAGUUCAACAAUGGGUGAAUUUAGGCGCCUCAAUCGAAGAAAAGAUGGGUUCGACAGAGUACAACAAGGUUGACACUCACUUUCUCGUCGACAAAUUCGACCAUGACGAUAUUGCCCGGUUUCUGCUCAGCAAAGGUGCAAAGGUUGAUUCAGCCUGUGGCAGAGGUUGGAGACCUCUUCAUUUAGCCGCUUUGAACGCUUCUCCAGCCACCGUAGACAUGUUGCUCCAGAGGAACGCAUAUCCGCUUGCAGUCACAGACUUGGCCCGAAGCAGAACGCCCCUGGGCCUGGCACGUCAUCGUUCGCAAUCGAAAACAUUAUCUGGGAUUGUGCCGUCCGAGGCAGAUCGACUCCGGGUUCAGGAGCUUCUACACGCAGCCAUGGCCUCAGUGCCAAAGCGUUCGCAAGACCAUUGGAAGCAGAUGAAAAUUAUAGCAGGCAAGGGACCGGAUGACAAGACUGAGAACCUGAGGGCUGCCGCAGCUGCUAUGAAGAUCACUGGGAAGGGACUCGCGUUGGCAAGGCAUGCAAGCAUUAUAGACAUGAAAGUCUGA